CUAAUAAAAAGGUGCACUCUCCUGUAUCAGUGUCUCUCUCUCACCUGCUACAUUUAACUAGGAAACUACAUUUUCAACAGCCACGCCAGUAAUUAAAGCAGGCUGAAGGGACGCUUCAGGGAAAUCUGGCAAAUCUCCAGGAUGGAGUCCCUGUUUAAGCCAGCACCUCUCCUCCUCACGCUUUGGUGCUGCUGCAGUGCUCAGCGCAUUGACUACAUAUCUCCAAAUCUGGGAAGCAUCAAUGGAGCAACACGACUUACCAUAUCAGGAUCUGGUUUUGCCCAGGAGCGACAGUUCCAGCUGAAUCCAAUCGACGACACAUUUGGCAACCGUGUGACGCUGGUGUCUGACACCCUGUCAGUCCCCUGUGAUGUGGAGAGGGACUCAACACACGGCAACAAGAUCACGUGUUACACCAGAGCCAUGCCAAGUGAUCAGUAUGUGGUCCACGUUAAUGUGGAUGGUGUUCCCAUUCCGGACAGCAAUAUAUGUAGGGGCGCUUACAAACCAUACCAAUGCAGCAUCUAUACUCGCACGUAUCGCACGCCAACUAUCAGCUCUCUGAGUCCAGUCAGUGGCCCCCCAGGUACCUUGGUGACACUGCGAGGACAGAUCUUCUCUGAUGUGUAUGGAAGCAACACUGACAAGAGCUCCAAUGGUUACAAUGUCAGAUUUCUGAGAGCCUACAUGGGAGGGAUGCCAUGCGAGCUGCUUAAACCAGAGUCAGAUGAACUAUAUAACCUGCGACUGGACUCUAUAUACUCAACUUGGGGUUACAUGAGCUGCAAAAUGACGGGGACAUAUGUUGGUCAUCACAACUUGACUUACAUACUUGAUAAUGAUUUUGGAAGGAGUUUAGCAGACAAGAAACUGUUCCGGGUUUCAGCUUCGGGCAAGCUCUCCAUGUUUCAGACCUUUGCAGAGGUGACAGGAGUCUCCCCAUCCAGGGGAAGCAUCAUGGGUGGAACCCUGUUGACUGUCCAAGGGCGCUUCUUUGAUGAAACCGAUCACCCAGCACGUGUUCUCGUUGGAGGUCUACCUUGUGAAAUCCAAAGUGUGUCUGAUGACAGAAUUAUGUGCAGGACUGCCAUGCAGGAGAUGAACAACAACAUGACUGGCUACCCCGGUGGAAGAGGCUUGAAGAUGGAGGUGUGGAACAACACAAAUCCACGUUACCUGACUGACAUUCGCAGUUACAAAACCAGCACAAAUGGAUACUGGACACAGUGGAUUGACUCCAUGCCUCAAGUCUUUGCUGUUCCAUUUAAUUAUUUCAGCUCACGAUACAGAGGCUUCUUUGUUCCUCCAGCCAGCACCAACUACACUAUUUACCUUCAAUGUGACGACCGAUGUGAUCUAUACCUUAGCAACUCCAGUCGCCCAGAAGAUAUGGUUAAAGUUGCAUACCAGCCAUAUUAUGUCUCAGAUUACAAGCAACUGGAAUCACAAAAGUCUAAAGUUCUGGCUCUAGAGAAAGGAAAACCAUACUACUUGGAAAUUCUGCAUCAACAAUAUGGUGGUCAAGCUACUGUCAACCUUGCCUUGUUUCAAGAGGAGAGUCCCUUUACAGAAGACCAGACAAACGAUGCUGUAAAUGAGGUUCAAAAUAUCGUGGCUGAAUAUGAUGUGUUCGAUGAGGAACAAGUGGUAACCUUUGAAUCCUGGCCCAAUAAUAUCACCGGGGUCAAAGAGGUCCAGACUGUUACUGUCAGCAGCAGCUGUGCCAGCAAUAUUUGUGGGAGCACCUUCAGCCUGGGCUACGGAGACGCAACAACAGGACCGAUCUCUGUUAGUGCCUCAGCAGAUGAGGUGGGCGCAGCCUUGAACAACCUCUGGUCCAUCAAACCUGACACAGUCCAGGUCACCAAACAAGGCGACAGUCAAGUGUCUCUCUACACCGUCACAUUCAAUUCUGACAGAGGGGAUUUCAAACCUCUGCACUAUGAGGUUUUUGGCCCAGACACCAAUGUUUCUGUUGCAGAGGUUACAAAGGGGAGAAGCAACAUGAAGACUUUCACCCUGCUCUGGGGAGGAGUCCCAACAAAGCCCAUCGCUUUCAAUGCAAAUGAGUCAGAGGUUCAGUUGGCUGUGGAGGACAUGAUGAAAGCCGAGUGUCCCAGUGAGAUCCUGACCACUGAAGGGACUGAUGUGAAAUACUUCAAGAACUUUGAAAAUGACAACUCUCAGUUCAUAGGGACUCCAGUGAAAAACUCUGCUUUCUGUGGCCUGUGGUCGCUGAAGAAUGCUGAGGUUCUUUUCAAGGACAGUUACACCAAAGAGACUGGUGGCUCCUACGGACCAGUUUCAUUGGACAAGCAUCCUACGCUUUGCUUUGCACACAAGGGAAUAUUGAAGGAUGAAGUAGGAAUGAAAUUCACUUACCUCAACAGCCAAGGCCUAACCAUGACAGCGACCACAAAGAUCAACACCCUGUUCAAUAAGGGCCAAACAUGGAGUUACAAAUGCAUGGACCUGCAGAGCUCCCUGCAGACACAAUACAUUGGAAACAAAUACAAUCUGCUGGAGUUUUACCUCUAUAAAGACGCCUCUGGUGCAGAUUUCUAUGUGGAUGCCAUAUACAUCGGAAAGAGCCCCACCACAAUUAAUGAAAAUGCCAUUCCCCUAAUGAGGAGGCCUCCACCUUUUGAGAGCUCUGGUGAUUCCUUUGAGUGGAUCACUGUCAACAAGGACACAUCAUCUGCUGCACAGAUCAGCUACAAGAUCAAAGCCAGACCAGUAGAAUGUGCAUUUGGGUUCCCACUGCUAGGAGUUGGCUUUCUACAGAUGUCCAACAACAGCGAGGACACAGCUGAGUUUAGGGAGGGAGCAGCCACCGUCACCAUCAUUCGCCCUCACAGAGCCACCCCUCCUCUGAAUGGCACCUUUAACGUGGAGAUUUAUGGAAGUCGAGCUGAGGGUCUGUCGGUGGACAUUAGCGCAGCGGACCUGAAGUAUGCUCUGGAGGGAAUCUCAGGGAUGGGUGAGGUCAGCGUUACAAAGCAGGGAAGCUGCAGACGCCCUGAAUGGAUGGUUAAGUGGCUCACAAAACCUGGAGACCAGCCUCUGCUCACGGUUACCAACUUGUCAGUUGUUGGUGAAAACGCAGUUGUUUCAGCCAGGGAGAUUACAAAGGGAGGGCUGUUGAUGCGAAGCCUGACAGGGGAUUUUUUCCGUGUUUGGGAAACCAAACCACAGGUGGAGGUUUACAUCAAUGGCAUCCCUUCAAAAUGUUCUGGUGACUGUGGGUUUGAAUGGUCUGCGGACAUGACUCCAGUUGUGACUGGAAUCAGCCCAUCUCAAGGAUCUAACGGUCUGGGGACUCUUUUGACUGUGACUGGGACUGGCUUCAGUGGUGAAAAUGCCUCCAUUAUUGUGGGAAAUGCGAGCUGUCUUGUUGAGCAGAUCACAGCUAUCACUCAGGUGUGCAGGCUGGGUAGCAACAGUGCUGGUACCUACCCUGUGUUGGUCAGCUUCCCAUCUCUGGGUAAUACACGCUACGCAGGCGACAGUAUGCUCAACUUCACCUACCAGCUCAUUGUUUCCUCUUUCACACCGCUCUCUGGAAGUGUGGCAGGAGGCACACUGCUGACAGUGAGAGGCUUCGGCUUCAACCAGAAUACCACAGUGACUGUUGGCAGUGAGGAGUGCACAGUGGUUCUUGCCAGUGACACUGAGCUGAAAUGCAGAACGCCAGCAGGAAUUGCAGGACCACAGACCGUCACACUGAUAGUGGGAAACAUGAGUCAAACAGCCAACGGCUCCUUCACCUAUGACAUUAACCUUACACCGCAGAUCUCAGGCCUGAGUCCCCUCACUACCACUGUGAUUGGACAUCAAGUUCUCACCAUUCAGGGUACAAACCUGGGAGGCCAAGACAAUGACAGCAUCGUGUCCAUAGGCAAAAAGGAAUGUGUCACCAUUCAGUGGACAACAACGAGCAUCACAUGUCUGCUGCCUGUACUGCCACCUGGCCUGUACAAGGUGGAUGUACAUGUUGGAAACAGUGGCUACCCCCAGACAAGCAACGGUGUGAAUGUCAGCAUUGAAUACAUCCUGGAAAUCCACAGCAUCUACCCACUGUUUGGUUCUUUAAUGGGAGGAACCAGGCUGACCGUUUCUGGAUCUGGUUUCAGCAACAACACCUCUGACAACAAAGUCUCCAUUGGAGGAACUGAGUGUGAAGUAAAGGCCGCCUCAGAGAAUGAGCUGCAAUGUGUUGUGCAGUCAGAGGAGAAGACCCACAUCGUCACUAACCAGGGAUCCCACCGCAUUUACGGACAGGGGUAUGCAUGGAGUCCUGCCUCUCUGACCGUGUUUGUUGGAGACACAGUAAUGUGGCGCUGGGAGGCACCAGCCUUCCAGAGAGUCGGGUACCGGGUCUUCAGUGUUUCCAGCCCAAGUGGCACCACCUACGAAGGGGGACCAUUCAACAGUGGAGAGACCAAGACAGGAAAAGGCUUUUUUGGAUACCGUUUCACUGCACCCGGUGCGUAUUACUACAGCAGUGGCUACAUAGAUGAUGGCAAUGUCAGGCUUCUGCAGGGAGUCGUGAAAGUCGAGCCACGGGAAGAGAAGAGCAGCAAGGUCUCAGUCAGAUUGGGAGGCAUGGAGGCCAGACAAGUGACUGGAGGUUCACAUAACUUCUCCAGACCACACCCACAAUGCAUCGCCACUCCACAGUGCCAACAGACCAAUGAGACUGCAGACGAUCUUUCCUUCAGCUCCUCCACCUGCUUCACUCCCACAGUCCACUCCAUUUCUCCCAACCAGGGAUCAUACCACGAGCUAAUCCAUAUUCAGGGCAAUGGCUUCAGCAACACCGCCUGCGCUAAUGAGGUGACAGUGGGAGAUCAGCCCUGUCAGGUGAUCAACAGCUCUAACUCUGAGAUCAACUGCCAUCUCAGCUACAACAGUGAACUUCCUAUCGGUGUCGCUCUCCCCGUGGCUGUCAGAGUCAACAACCUUGGCAACGCCAUCAUCGCUGUACCAGACGAGCUCAGCCGCCGUUUUGUGGUUCUGCCUGUGGUCGAUUCAGUCUCACCACCUCUUGGCAGCCCCACCGGCCACACGCAGCUCCUCAUCCAAGGCUCUGGCUUCACUGAAGGACAGGUCACUGUAGCCAGUGUGCCGUGCACUGUUGUGUCAGUAAAUUACACCAGUAUCAUCUGUGACACCAAUCCUUCUCUACCACACACCGGAGAUGUUGUCUUCUACAUGGGCAGGAUCCAAAGCUCCUGUCAUUCAGACUGCUCCUUCAAUUACUCUUCCUCUGUCACUCCCGUAGUCACUGGUAUUUCACCCAACAACAUCAGCAGUCUAACCACUGUCACCAUCUUUGGCUCAGGGUUUGGCAGCAACGUGGAUGACAUAGCAGUGUUUGCCAGCACCACAGAGCUGGAAGUCACCGCCGUGACUGAUGGCAACAUUUCUGUGAGAGUUAACGCUCUGCCUGCAGGCGUCCACUCUGUCAAAGUGAUUGUGAGAAGUAAAGGCCUUGCAUCCGGUUCUGUCACCCUGACCAGUCUCGCCCAAGCUGACCUCAACCCCAAUGUGGGCAGCCUGGCAGGAGGAACCUCUCUCAUCUUCACUGGAAACGGCUUUGCUCCAGGGAACACCAAGGUGAUGGUCGAUGGCCAACCCUGCAAGAUUCAGGAGGAGAUGCCGGGCCGGCUUAGCUGCCUGACUCCUCCUCACAGAGAGGGGCUGGUAACCGUCACCAUCCAGGUCUUUUCGUUGCAGUAUCCUCCUCUCUACUUCACCUACUCUGCAGCCAACACUCCGGUCAUCAGCUCCAUCAGCCCCACUACUGGGCCGAGCGGUGCAGUCAUCACACUGACAGGUUCAGGAUUUGGCAAUGACUCUCAGCAAAUCUCCAUCACCAUAAACAAUGUCCCCUGCAAUGUUACUUCAGUCUCUGACACACAGAUUCAGUGCACUGCAGGAGACAACCCAGGGGGGGCAUACCCAGUCAUGCUGCACCACCAGGUCAAAGGUCAUGCCCAGUCAGCUGUCAUGUUCAUGUAUGAGCUGACUCUGAGCAGCGUGCAGCCCAGUGAGGGCAGUUUUGGUGGCGGUGCUCUGCUGUCCGUGCAGGGUUCUGGGUUUGACCCGCACAACUCCACUGUGAUGAUCUGCGGUAAGGAGUGUGAAGUUCGCAGAGAAAUAUCAACGUCAAACAUUCUGUACUGCCAGUCUCCACUCAACGACGGCACUCGCUCACAGGUGAGCUGCGUGGUUGCUGUCUUUAAUCACGUGGAUGGCGUCAACAUAUCAAAUGGCUUUACCUACAAAUCUCAAUUGACUCCGGUGAUCACUGAAGUUUGUCCACGCAGGGGAGGAACUGCAGGAGGCACCCAGCUCACAAUUGCUGGCUCCGGUUUCAGCACUGACAUGAAUGAAGUCAAUGUCACCAUCGCAGGGUCUAUGUGUGAUGUUCAAUCCACCAACAACACACACAUCAUUUGUGUGACAAAUGCUCAGCAACAGUCUCAAGAAACCAAAGUCAGAGUCAGCAUCAGAGACCAAGGCAUCGCUAAGAUGGAUAAUGCAAGUUUCUUCUACAUUGACGUGUGGUCAUCCAGGUUCACGUGGGGUGGUCUGUCUCCACCUGAGGCCGGCUCGUUUGCUGUCAUCACUAAAGGCCAGACCAUCCUGCUGGACACCAGCACCCCAGUGCUGAAAAUGCUUCUUAUUCAAGGAGGGACGUUGGUGUUUGAUGAAGCUGACAUCGAGUUGCAAGCAGAAAACAUCCUGAUCACAGACGGCGGACGACUCCAGAUCGGCCAGGAGGGGGCACCAUUUCAACACAAAGCCAUCAUCACACUUCAUGGACACCUGCGCUCACCUGAACUUCCUGUUUAUGGAACUAAGACGCUGGCUGUCCGAGAGGGAGUGCUGGACCUACAUGGUAUUCCAGUUCCUGUCCCCUGGACCCACUUGGCCCAGACAGCAUCCAACGGUUCUGUCACACUGACCCUAAUGAAGGCAGUGACUUGGAAAGCUGGAGACGAAAUUGUCAUUGCUUCCACCGGCCACAGGCACAGCCAGAAAGAGAACGAGGUGAGGAUGAUUGCCGCUGUGUCAGCUGAUGGAAAGACUCUAACCCUGACCGAACCCCUCAAGUACACUCACCUUGGGGUUACCGUCACACUGCCCGAUGGUACAGUGUUUGAUGGCCGAGCUGAGGUGGGUCUCCUCACCAGGAACAUCGUAGUACGAGGCUCCCAAAACCAAGAAUGGAACGACAAUAUCGCAGCCUGCCCCGAUGGCUUCAACACAGGUGAAUUCGCCACCCAAACCUGUUUUCAAGGAAGGUUUGGAGAGGAGGUUGGCAGUGAUGAGUUUGGAGGAUGCAUCAUGUUUCACGCACCCAGACCAAAUGAGAAUCUUGCCAUUGGCAGACUGGAAUAUGUUGAGGUCUUCUAUGCAGGACAGGCCUACAGGCUAGGACGUUAUCCCAUCCACUGGCAUCUAAUGGGAGAUAUUAACUACAAGUCAUACGUGAGGGGUUGUUCUAUCCAUCAGACCUUCAACAGGGCCGUAACCAUCCACAACACCCACAGGCUGUUGGUGGAGCACAACGUCAUCUACGACAUCAUGGGUGGGGCGUUCUUCAUCGAGGAUGGCAUUGAGACGAAGAACAUCCUGCAGUACAACCUGGCUGUGUUUGUCAAACAAAGCACCAGCCUGCUGAACGACGAUGUCACUCCCGCCGCCUUCUGGGUCACCAAUCCCAACAACAUCAUCCGCCACAACGCCGCCGCGGGGGGCACCCACUUCGGCUUCUGGUACCGCAUGCACCAGCACCCCGAUGGCUCAUCCUACGAUCCAAACAUCUGUCAGAAUAGGGUUCCCAUCGGUGAAUUUUACAACAACACUGUGCACUCUCAGGGCUGGUUCGGCCUUUGGAUCUUCCCAGAAUAUUUCCCCAUGAAGGACGGCGCCUGCUAUUCCAAUACCCCCAAGCCAGCUGUCUUCAAGUCACUCACCACUUGGAACUGCGAGAAAGGUGCUGAGUGGGUCAACGUGGGCGCUGUGCAGUUCAACAGCUUCAUCAUGGUCAACAAUGAGAAAGCCGGCAUUGAAGCUAAGCGUAUCCUGCAGUGGGCCGUGAGCGGCUUUGGAGAGAUCGGAGGGGCAACGAUGUCCAACAGCACCAUUGUGGGCCAUGUGGACGAGCUCGGACUGGGAGAUGACUACUGCACGCAAAGAGGCAUCAUUGCGCCAUUGGAUGAUGGCUUGAGUGUCCUUAACACCAAGUUCAUCAACUUCAACCAUAGCUCUUGCACAGCCAUCGGGGUAGCCUCAAUCAUUGGGACGUGUGUGGACCGGUGUGGUGGCUGGGCUGUCAAGUUUAGUGGAGUCCAGUACAUCAACUCGCCAAACAAGGCUGGCUUCAGGUGGGAGCAUGAGGUACAACUGGUGGACAGUGAUGGCUCCCUCACAGGAAACAUCAACCAUAAAGUUGUGCCUAUGAGCCCCUUACUGGACCCUGCUCACUGUUCGCAGAGGGCUGAAUGGAGUGUGGGUUUCCCCGGCGCUGUGUGCGACCACACCGUCAACUUCCAUCGUUUGGGGUUCAACAAUCCAUCACCGAGCUCGUUGCUUGGCAAGGAUGUCAUCUUAACCAACUCAUAUGGCACCAGUGUGAUUCCAUUUUUGGAGAAGACAAUGACUCAUAAUCUUGGCUGGAUGGCCUUACUGCCUUCUAGACAAACGUACAACUGGUACUUUAAAAAUGUGGACCAGAUCACCAACAUCAGUUUUACUGCAAGAUUCUACGGCUUCAAGCCGGAUCAAUAUGUGAUCAUCAACCACAACUUCACCCAGAGUCCAGACAGAUUUCGCAUCAUCGAUGACAGGAAUGGCUCAUCGACCCCGCUGACCUUCAGCAAUAACAAGAACGGAGACUGGUACUUCAACAAGAGCUCCAACAACCUCUACUACAUCGUGUCUGGGAAGACCAGCCAACGCAGGCGUCGGGACACCGUCGACCGCUCCAUGGUUGACUCUGAUGUGAAUUUGGGGGUCUACAGCUGCUUCUACCCCAACUGCAUCCCACCUACACCACCACCUCCAGCUACACUCGCCCCCUUACCCAACAGCCGGCCUGCCAACUUCAUUCGGUGGUCUGAUUCCUCUUUCUGGAAAAGUUCAGCUGAAAAUAACUUCACAGUACCAACAGAGGGUGCUGAUGUGGUCAUCCCAUCCGGCAAGUGGAUCGUUUUGGAGAGCGACACUCCUCCCCUCAACAAGCUGACUGUCAUUGGAGUUCUUGAGAUCCCCGACACCAUGAAUAGCUCAUCCACCAAACAGGCUCAAUACAACACUGUGGUGAUAGAUGCUGUCUACAUCUCUAUCCAGGGUGGCAGGCUGAUUGCAGGAUGGGGAGAGCCGUUCAGAGGUCAGCUGCACAUCAAACUGAGAGGGAACCACCGCACUCCUGAUUGGCCUCUGCCUAAUGGACCCAACCAGGGAUCCAAAGUCCUGGGUGUGUUUGGUAGUCUGGAGCUCUAUGGACUACCUCACAAUGUUUACCACACCAAACUCGCUGCUACUGCUCAGGCCGGAUCCAACACUCUGACCCUGACGCAGUCUGUGGACUGGCAGGUUGGAGAUGAGGUCGGCAUCUCCACCACCAGUUAUAAUGCCUGGGAGACAGAAAAACGUCAGAUAACAGCCGUGUCAGCAGACGGCCGAGUCCUGACCCUGAACCAGCCUUUGACCCACACUCACAUCAGUGAGACUCACUCUGUCUCAGGCACAUCAUUCUCCUACACUCUGGCAGCUAAUGUUGCUCUCCUGACCAGAAACAUUAAGAUCAUCGGUCAGGAGUAUCCAGAGAUGAUGCAGGAGUCAUUUGGGGCCAGACUUUUGGUGGGCACCUACUCCUGGGCUGGUAUCAACUAUAAAGGCAAAGCUCAGAUCAGGAAUGUGGAGUUCUUCCACUCUGGUCAGGAAGGCUGGACCGACGACACCGACCCUCGUUAUUCUGUGGCUUUCCUAAACCUGGGAAAGGUUUCAGGAGACACAAUUCAAGGUUGUGCUUUCCACGAGGGCUUCUCUCCAGCCAUCGGAGUCUUUGGAACAGAGGGACUUAACGUUGACAACAACAUCGUCCAUCACACUGUGGGAGAAGGUAUCAGAAUUUGGGGCAACAACAUAACCGUGAGGUGGAACCUGGUGAUGAUGACGCUGUGGCCUGGAUCAUAUCAGGACAGAGAGGAGCCCUUCAACUUAGCCUGGAACGCUGCCAUUGAGGUCAAUGAGGGGACAAAUGUGGUGCUGCAGAAUAACAUUGUGGCAGGCUACGAGAGAGUCGCUUAUCGCAUUGAUGGUGAACCCUGUCCAGGUUAUUUUAACGGGAAUCAGAAGUGGAUUAACAACGAGGCUCACGGUGGUCUGUUCGGAGUCUAUCUCAACAAAGACGGUUUGCCCGGCUGCAGCCUCAUCCAAGACUUCUUCAUCUGGAGGAGCUUUGACUACGGCAUUUACUUUCAGACCAUCACUGAUGUUGUUGUUUCCAAUGUGACCCUGGUGGACAACGGGAUGGGCAUCAUGCCGCUCAUCUUCGCUCCUCCUUCUCUCUCUCACGCAUAUGCGGAUAAAACUGUAACCAUUCAGAAUGCUUUGAUUGUUGGCAGCAGCCCGAGCUUUAACUGUUCAGACACUUUGCCUUCCACUGAUUUUAACAUUAAAAUCAGUAAUGGACAUCGAGCCCCAAGACCUCUCAAAGGUGGCAGAUCUGGAAUCUGUUGGCCGACUUUUGGAUCUCAACACAACAACGCUCCAGUGAUGGCCCAUCAUCUGAACAACAACUACAAUGCCAUCAAAGGACUGAUGAAAGUCAAAGACACAACAUUUGUCAGUUUCCGAAACAUCUGCUCCAGUGAGACAAACUUCAUGUUCAUCACCAACCCACUCAACGAGGAUCUGCAGCACCCUGUGCAGGUUUCAGCCAUCAGGAUGAUUGACAGCACAGAGGAGGCCAAAGUCUUUGUCCACAGGCCAGAUCUGAGUAAAGUGAACCCGUCUGACUGUGUGGACAUGGACUGCGAUGCGAAGAAGAAGAGCUUGUUGAAGGACUUGGAUGGUUCGUUCCUGGGUGCAGUGGGAGCUGUAGUGCCUCAGUCUGAGUACGAGUGGGGAGGUGAUCCCAGGAGGGGGCUGGGCGACUACCGCAUCCCGAAAGUCAUGCUCACUUUCCUCAAUGGGAGCCGCAUACCUGUGAACCAGAUCGCUCCACACAAAGGUGUGAUCAGGAAAGACUGCAUGUACAUGAGUUCCUGGCAGAGCUACAAAUGUUUCGGGCUGAACUACAGGAUGCUGGUGAUUGAGAGUCUUGACUCUGACACAGAGACCAGACGUCUGUCCCCCGUCGCUGUGCUUGGAGAUGGCUUUGUAGAUCUGAUCAACGGUCCUCAGGAUCACGGUUGGUGUGCGGGCUACACCUGUCAGAAAAGAGUGUCUCUCUUUCACAGCAUCGUGGCCAUUGGACACUCCUUUGACGUCUUCUUCACCAGCGUCAGCCCUCAGAAACUUCGCCUCAUGAUGCUCAGUGCUGAAACAUCUGAGAGCAUCAUGGUGUCAGUCUUCUACUCCAAUCCACAGCGGUUGGAUGUGUAUGUUGACAACAAGCUGGUGGCUCCGACUAACGCUGACUGGAACGCUGCCAACACUGACUAUACCCUGAAGGAGCCCAUUUAUACAGAUCAAUAUGUUCCCCAACUGAAUGCCACUGUGGGCACUAACUAUUUCGACCAGGACUACAAAAUGCUGAAGAUUGUGCUGAGGGGCUCCACACCGGUGGAGAUUAGAACAUCCCCAGUUCUCUUCAUCUCCUUCAAUCUGCCCGCCAUGACCGAGGAAGAGUUCUUUGGAGAUAACCUGAUCCGCAACCUCGCUGCGUACCUCAAAGUUCCCCCAAAUAUGAUCCGUAUCACCAAGAUCAUCCGUGAGGGUGGAGGCGCACGACGGAGGAAGAGAUCCACAGACCUGACGGUGGAGGUGGAGCUCAAGAAACCUCCAGUCCAGCAAACCACUAACAGCACUAACAAUGAAGAGGACUUCACGUUGCUGAAGAGCAUUGCAGAUAAUCUGGGUCAGGCAGCAGUUACUGGAAAUCUCAGUCAGUCCAUCGGCUUCAACGUGUCUUCGAUGGGCAUCAUCCCACCUCCUCCUCUAACAUCUGACCCCAGCUGGAAUCAGGAGGCCACAGCAGAAGUGACGAGGGAGCAGCCUAAAAUGAGCUACGUGUCCCGCAUGUCCAAGCUGCUGCUGAUGGUGGAGCCGAUAUCCGGGGUGUUUGUGGGUCCUCUGUACCAGCAGCCUAAUCUCAUGGCUGUGGAUGAGCAGGGUAACUGUGUCUCUGUUGGAGUGACAACUCUGACUGUAACAGCCAGCCUAAAGGACUCCAGUGGGAACAGCGUAGGUGGGCUGGAAGGAAACACCACCAUCCUCUUCAGCACCUGCUGGGCAAACUUCACAGACCUGUCCAUUCUCAGCAGCGGUGAGAACCUAACCAUGGUCUUCACUCUGAAGGAGUGGGGCACCGAGUCACGCUCCUUCACUAUUAAAAACACUCCAACCACCCAGACCCCGUCAAACUCCAGCAACGUCACUGAGCCAGCAUCCACUUUGUCCACCUCAACCACAAGCAAACCACAGUCCACCCCUGACGAGAGCAUCUUUGGCUCCAGCACCGCCGUGUCUGCUGGCAGUCUGUGUCUGGUCAGCGUUGUCUACGCUGUGGCCUGCUGCUCAGACCUCAUCCCGAUAUUCUAGAUAUGUCUGUGAACCUAGGGUUUUAUGAAGAAUACCUCAUCUUAUAUCCCCCGUAACACAAAUAAGUCUGCUAAAUAAGACAAAUGUAAUCUUUAAAUAUAUUAUACACAGG